GAUGCGAUCUACCAUUACGCUCUUGUCACACUCACUCAAACAUUAAAUCAACACCCUGGUUUUGGGCAGGACCGUCAAGAUGGCACAAUUACUGUCAUCAGCUUGGAAAAUCAUCCCAAAGUUCCAAUCCCUCUCCAUUUCAGCAACAAUCGACUUUUACGUCAAAACACUGGGAUUUAUUAUCGGUGGACUGCACCCUUCUGACGAUGUAUCUGAAGCGACAUUCUGCUCAAUCUUCAUUGGUAAAAAAGCAGAAGCAAACAUUUACUUCAGCAAAUGCGAGUCAGAUCAGUUCCAUCCUCGAGAAGCGAUGAUUGCUCUGGGUACGAAGCAGCUCGAUGAGUUUUAUGAGGAACUUAAAGGGAAGGACGUUGAGAUAGUUGAGCCGAUUGAGGAUCAGGAGUGGGGGUAUAGGCAUUUUUGGAAGGGGGAAAUCCUGGAAAUGAGGCAGAUAUAGUGGAUUGAGAUAUUCUUUUUGGAUACGAGGCCAAAUUUGUUCCAUUCAUUCACCUUAUAUCAUGAUCAUCCUACUAGUACUUUCACUGACAAUACACCACGGGCAUGAAAGGGUUCCAGCCAA